AUGAAUAUCAUUCUUGUGGUAAUACUGGUUGCCAUAACAACUGCCGGCAGUAAGCAGUUGUCAAAGAGAUCUACAGAGGAGCGGAAAAUCGUGAUCGUCGGGGCGGGCAUAGCUGGCAUCGCCGCCGCGAAAACUCUCCAUGAGAACGGGGUGGAUGAUUUCGUCAUUCUGGAGGGGUCAGACCGGAUCGGUGGAAGGAUGAGACAGGCGGAAUUUGGCGGAGUAAAGGUGGAAAUAGGGGCCAACUGGGUGCAGGGGCUUCAUGACAACCCUAUCUGGGACCUGGCGCAGAAGUACAACAUAUCAGGAAAGAUAUCUGACUACGAUGACGUAGUCAUUCGAAACAAAACAGGAAAUGACGUCACCGACCAGGCGGAAGAAGCUUGGGAGAGGCUGGGAACAGCUCAGGAGUAUCUGGGGGAAUGGAGGGAAAGGAUUCGUGAAGAAAAGCUGCCUGACGUAUCAUUACGAGUGGCGCUGAAACUGGGAGGCUGGAGGCCAAAGACUCCACUAGAGAAGGUCAUAGAGUACUUUGAUUACGAGUUUGAAUACGCGGAUGCUCCGGAAGUGACGUCACUGAACAACACUGGGAUGAACGAAGAGGACUUCACAGGAGGGGAAUACUUCGUUACUGAUCAGCGUGGGUUUGGACAUAUUGUGGACAGGCUGUCUGACGAGUUUUUGUCACCAAACGACGCCCGCCGCCGCCUCCAGUUAAACAAAGUUGUCCGUACGGUCAACUGGACGGACACUGACGUGACGUUUACUACCACGGACGGGUCCACCUACCGAGGGGAGUACGGACUCAUGACUGUCAGUAUCGGUGUACUGGAGAACGACGUCAUCGACUUCAUACCUGAUCUGCCUGCCUGGAAGGUCGAGGAAAUUUACCAGUUCAGGAUGGGACAGUACUGCAAGAUUUUUCUGAAAUUUCCAAACAAGUUUUGGGACGACAAUGAAUACAUUCUGUACGCAGGAUCCUUACGGCCCCAGUAUGCCGUCUGGCAAAACCUGGAGCUGCCGUGGACAUUCCCAAAUGGCACCAAUAUCCUACUGGUUACAGCCAUCGCUGAUGACGUACAACGUAUCGAGCUUCAGUCAGACGAGGCGACCAAACAGGAGAUCAUGACCGUCCUCAGGAAUAUGUACGGCAACAACAUCUCUGAACCGGAGAGCAUCCUCGUACCGAGAUGGCUGACUAACCCGCUCUUCUUUGGUGCCUACUCCAACUGGCCAAUUCACGUGACUGCACAAGAUUUUGAGAAGCUGGCGGCACCAGUCGGACGUCUGUACUUCGGAGGAGAGGCAACUCACCCCCGGUACAACGGUUACGUGCACGGCGGGUACCUUUCUGGGAUCGACCAGGCCAAUGCCAUUCUCAGCUGCAUGCGGAAGGGAAUCUGCAAGUCUAACCAGACGGCCGUGAACCAAGGAACGUCCGCGGCUCCAACCCUCUCUUCCCUGCUCCUGGCAAUGAUACCAGUCAUAUUCCCCGUAUAUGUGUGAAUAACGACAGAAGGGUUCCUCCCAGUAAAGAUAAUUUUGCCAUGAACAUAGAAGAAGUUUUGGCAUAUGCCAGCUACGUACUCAGAAUGUCAAACCCAUUUUGCUGGAAUUUUUAACACUUUAGCAGUCAUUAAUAUGUCAUUUUCAUGUCUAAUCGAAAGUAUGCUAUUAACGUUUAUGGAAUAUCAAUGUAUGUUUAUUAGUUUUCAUAGGCUUUAAGUUAAAAUUAAAGCAUGCGGUCAUCAUAAAAGGUAGAGGACAUAUAGGAAAACUGCAAACUAUAUUAUAUUACUGUGUUUGCAUAAGGAAUUAACCUAAUCCCUGUAAUCUUUUUUUCAUUAUAUAUUCAGGUUGAGCAAAUUCGUAAUUUUCGGAAAAACAAAUUAGAUUGGUGCCGCUUUAUUUAUAUAUAGAGAGGGCACAUUUUGCUAUUGUGAAAUUGUUAUAUUCAUGAUACCGUUUUUAAUUUUUUGUCUUAUUAGUUUACAAGCAACAGCAUUUAUGAUCUAAUGAUACUAAAAAGAUAAUUAUGUUAUUUGAUUUCAAAAAGUAAAGAAUUGUUAAUUAAAUCAUGCGUUAUAAUCUGUCACCAUGACACGCACAUAUGUUGUAACCCUUGUCAAUUUUCUGCACAUCAUUUUUUUUUUGCUGUUUCCUUUUUGGCAUUGCUGGCAAUAUAUCA